AUGCAAUUAGUAUUAGCAGCUAAAUAUAUUGGAGCAGGUAUCUCAACAAUUGGUUUAUUAGGAGCAGGUAUUGGUAUUGCUAUUGUAUUUGCAGCUUUAAUUAAUGGUGUAUCAAGAAACCCAUCAAUUAAAGACCUAGUAUUCCCUAUGGCUAUUUUAGGUUUUGCCUUAUCAGAAGCUACAGGUUUAUUCUGUUUAAUGGUUUCAUUCUUAUUAUUAUUCGGUGUAUAA